AGGUUCCAAGUUUUGUUUGUUUGUUUUGUUAAUGUUGUUUUCGUCCUAAUGACGCCGCUUCCCUGACAACAGUUGUGUUGUGUUACAGUUUAUUCCCGUCCAGAUUUCCAAGCUUCGGUGUUAAAUUUUUGUAUCUUUCAAGGAGAAGACGAGUUGUGUGUGUGGCACAACUUAUUAUUUCUCAGGGCUAAUUUCGAUAUCUUUUACACCUAUUUCUGUAUUUUGGGAACUGAGAAUAUUUUGAAGCUUGAAUUUAACCAUGACUCUGAAAUGUAUUUGUAACAUAUGCACUUGUGGGCGUCACUAUUGCAAGCACCAAGAUUGCACCUUCAUACACCCAGGAGCAAAAACAGAGCCAGUGACAGAAUAUAGUGCAAGAUACACAGAACAUGAACUUGGAAAAGUUGAAUCAUUUCGUCCAAAGCACGCACCUUUACCAGAUGGGAAAAUGGAAUGUAAAUCUAUACAAAGAGAAGAUUUCCAACCUUAUCAGCUUGAAAAGAAAUGGGUUCGACCUCAAGAGAUUUGGCAGAAGCCACCAGGAACAAUCGACAAUCUUACUUCAUACAAUAUAACUUAUACAGGGAGACAGUCGGCCCCAGUUAGACCUAUCCGACAUGACAAGUUAACUCUUAGCGUCGGCAAAUUUGAAGGUGAACCAACCUAUAGAGCUGAUUACAAGAAGUGGGACAAAAUUCCAUCAAAAAAAUAUGGCCCAGUAUACAGUUGGAGUCCACCAACACAGAAAUUGGCUAAUGAAUCAACAUUCACUCGAGAUUUUAAAUACAACUAUGAACCACCAAGAAAAAGCAUGAGACCAGAAAUUUUAAGCAAGAUAGAGCCACCAUUGGAAGACAAAACUGGCUAUCGUGAAGAUUAUGUAGCACAUUCACUGCCACCGAAGGUUUUGAAAGAAAAACAGACCUAUAAUCUUCCAGCAGUCCCUCUUGACUGCUUAACAACUUCUAGGCAUGAUUAUCAAGGCCAAUCCGGUCCGCGCACACUCAGCUACAAACCAAAACUUACUCCUGUAUGUGCACAAGAACCAUUUCCUGACAUGACAACAUUCAAACAAGAUUUUUGUGAAUGGCCAACAGAAAAGCGAAGCAUUCGCCAACCAACUCAGUACGUAAAACCACCUGGGAAGGUGGAGCAAAAUACGGUACAUAAACUUACUUACAAAGAGUUCCCUGUUCAGCAUACAACUAGUUAUCGACCUAAAACAAGCCACAGACCACUAGGAAACAUUGAGAGCAACACAAGCUACAAUACGGACUACAAACGAUUUGAUGUUCCUCCAGUGAGAAUUAGCAAAAAGGAGUCUUAUGCACCACCUGAAGUACCAUUCCAAGGAAUUUCAACUCACCAAGCCCACUUCAUUGAGCAUCCAAGGACACAGACCAAAAGUUUCAAACCAACGAGUUUCCAAAGAACUGAUGAAGCUCCUUUAGAUGACAGCACAAUGUACAGAAACGAGUACACGCCCAAAGAAGUCCCCGUCUGUCCAAUUAUCUUUCUUAACACUGACAAAAGCUUGUAUGAGUUUGAAGGAAACUCUAAGACAGGCCAUCAGUUAUAUAAACCUUUGUCCUCACUGCAAAGUAAAAGAGCACAACUUGUGGCAGCCUAAAAAAAUAUAUUUUCAUCAGAAAAUGUUAAUAGUUUGUACACAGUUUACAUCUUUGAGUGGAGGAAAACGUUCGACUUUAUUAAGUGAAUUGCUUAAUAAUUAAGAAUUAUCAAACAUUAAUAUUGUUAAGGUGUUGUCCUGUCGUCGUGUAGUUUAGUUUCAAACUAAUAUCUUCUCUAUAAUACCAUUCACUACACACUUUCUAAUGGAAAUAUAUUGUUAGCACAGCACACAAAUAUGUUCAAAUUGAGAAAGUGUCAUCAUAAUACAAAAAGAAAAUAUAUUACAAUGUAUGUGAAACAUAUUUCAUAAAUGAGAUCAAACUAUCUUUGAAUUUAGUCGGCAGAACCCUCAAAUAUAGUGCUGCUCUUCAGAAUAAUAUCACUACAUCUUCUCUAUUCACACACACUCACACACACACACACACACACACACACACACACACACACACACACACACACAUAUAUAUAUAUAUAAUAUAUAUAUAUAUAUAUAUAUACUGACCACUUUAAAUCUUGCCAACUGAGAACAAAAAACUUGUCUGACGAGGUCUAAUGAGACCGAAACAAGUCAGCAGCUUUAAGGAUAAGAGCCAUUCCAUUCUCAUACAGCAUUUUCUGAAUUUUCAAAAAAAUUUCGUUUAAUCUCUUACUUUUCUUUUUUUGGCUUUCCUGCAUCUCUAGAGGGAACUUUCGUACACUAAAUGCCUGGAUAAUAUCAGUUAAUCAAAGUUUAUCAGCUCACUUCUGUUACACGUGUGAGAUAUUUCUGCAUAUUAAUAUGUGACACGUGUGAGAUAUUUCUGCAUAUUAAUAUGAGAGAGAAAUGGAAAGAAGAUUCCUAAUGUUUGGCAAUAUCUGGAUAUGGGUGGUGAAAAUGACUUGGUGAAACAACAUCAUUGUAAAUAAAUACCAAAAAAAUAUAUUCGUCAUAUUUGUUGAGAAAGGGUAAAAAUGAUUAAAAAAAAUUAACGUUUGAAAGAGAUCAACAUCUUCUAGAGUCAAUGUAUGAUAAUCAUUACGGUUAAUAUUUUGGAAAAAACAAAAUGAAAAAGCAUU